AUGUCAAGUUCUGAGUCACCAAAUGAAAUCGGAUGUGAUUUUAAAGACAUCAAACCAAUUAAAGUAUUCGAAUACCCCAGUCAAGCAUCAAAAAUUAUAUUGGGCGUCGAUUCCAAUAAUAUUUUACAAAUAUCUUCACAAAUUAUCGAAUUAAUUACAAAUAACAAAAUAUCUAUCCAAAUGGCACUUUAUUUGAUUAAUGUUUUUUCACAAAUUCGUGUUAAAGAAAUUAAAUUAUAUACGGAACUUUAUUUAAACAUAUCAAACAAAUUCUCAUGCAUCAUCCAGCCGAAAUAUUUGAAAUUGGCAACAUUAUUAUAUUAUAAAGGCCUCAAAUUUGAAAACUUCGAACCUCAAAUAACAGAAGAAGAAAUUAUGAAUUUAUAUUCAACAGAAUCUCCCUUAUACUAUAUUGCAUGGGAUAAAGUUGACGAUCUUAAAUCUAAAUUCCCAAAACUUGAUGUUGAUAAGGAGAUAGAUGAUAUCACACCACUUGACUGUGCACUUAGAUAUGGAUCAGAAUUGUGCUUCAAUUACUUGAAAAAUUUAGGAGCUAAAUACACUAGAGACUCCGAAGAAUAUGCUGUUAUAGGCGGAAAUAAAGACAUUUUUAUGCAAACGAUUGAAGAUGGUAAAUCAUUUGAUAAAAUGAUUAAUAGAGCAUUGGAUUAUUGA